GGAGAGAAAAGGACGGUAACAAGCGGUGCUCACUUGAAAAUGAGAAUGGGCUGUAUUUAAUAUGUAUAUAUAGAAAUGCCUAUGGCAACUACCCGUUCAAAUGGAGGAGGAUCUACCGUAACCUGCCAGACAUGUGACCAUACAGUUAAAUGUCAGCCGGGAUCAAACAGAACCAUCUGUCCAAACUGUGGUAAUUUCUACAGAAGGGAUGAAGCAGGCAGACCACCCCGUGCCCGGGGUCAGAGGAGAGGGACUCGAGAUGAGCACCCACUCCCUGACCCGGAUAAGGAAAAAAAUAAACAGCAAGGACCAUUAAAUUCAAUAGCCAACUUUUUCCAAAAAAUGGGUCCAAGUCGAAAAGGUAAACAUCAAAGAGACUUGUCACCUGCCGAUAGUCAAAGUUCUUCAUCAAGUUUGCUUGAAAAUACUUCUGGCAGUAAGACUGAGUUACCUCCCAUUGACAGUCAAGGUCACCUGACCACCACACCCUCUAGUCGUCCAGUGUCCUACAGGUCAGAUAAAAGUAACAGUUCUACCAUACUCAGUCCGGGGCGGUCACACCGGGCUCCUUCAGGUUCCUCUACGAUUACGCUAACCAACAGCAUCCGCAGUACCAGCAAAAACCGGCUCAGUCCUAAUCCAAUCCAGAGCAAGACUGCAUAUCCUGUCAGAACCAAGACUAUUGAACAGAUCAGAGAGGAUGUUAAGUACGCCAAAGAGACUGGAAGUUGGAAAGUGGUUUUGGAAUUUUAUUCAACAACAUUUAAUUCUUUUGUGGAGAUUAACGCUGUGUUCAAGAGAGAUCCUGACAAGGAAUACAAAACACUGGAAGAGUCUGGCCUAAAGUUAGAAUUGAUCAACUUUGUUUAUGACCUGCUGCCAAAUCUGCCUCAGGAUAUCCAGAAAUGUGUGUUGAAGUCUAUCAUCAACAGUCUGCUAAAGGACAAAAAGCCUCAUACGAAGGAUGAUCUGAGAGCGUACCUUGUUCUCCUACAGAAUCCACUGUUUGAGAACAUGUCAACCUUUGUGAUAUUUGCCCAUCUACUUCGGCAGAUAGCUGCACUCAACGAUCAUGAUCACCAUUUUCUGGUUCAUUGGAUGAGGAGGUUAAAAUUAGGAACGUUCUCACGAAUCUUACGACGCUUACACAGUUUCAUCGUACAGCGAUUGUUCCCCACUAAGCCACAGGAUUUACCUCCCCUGGCUAAAUGUACGUGGUGGAUCCCAAGUGCCACCAAAGUUAUGGCAUUGUUAAAUGCUGCUAACAACUUGUCUAGUCCCCUGUUAGUGACAAUAGCUGACUUCUACAACAGUAGUCUUGACUUUCUGGAUCUCAUGGCUGAGUACUACACUUGGCAGAACCCUAGUCACUGUUCAGGGUUUUCGUUCUGUCAGUACCCUUUCAUCCUCAGUAUAUCAGCAAAGAGAUCUAUCCUACAGAAAGACUCCGAACAACAGAUGAUUAUCAUGGCCAGGAGGAGCUUGGUUGCUAAGGUACAGAGGCGACAACUACCAGAUGUCGGAAUGCUGUUUUUGAAUCUCAAUGUGAGACGAUCCCAUAUUGUGUCGGAUUCCCUAAAUGAGAUUGCAAGGAAGCAACAUGACUUGAAGAAGAAGUUGAAGGUGACAUUUAUGGGGGAAGCAGGACUCGACAUGGGGGGCCUGACUAAGGAAUGGUUCCUACUUCUCAUUAGACAGAUAUUUCAGUCAGAUUACGGAAUGUUUACGUACGAAAAAAAGGCUGGAGUUCACUGGUUCAGUUCGGCUCCAUGCGAGAGUUACCAGGAGUUCAACCUCAUGGGAGUUCUGAUGGGACUAGCAGUUUAUAAUAGCAUUAAUCUGGACAUACGGUUCCCAGCCUGCUGCUACAAAAAGCUUCUGAGUCCGGCAGUGGUGCCUUACAAUAACCCUAACGCUGUUGUAGGCGUGACACAAGUAACUCUGGAGGACUUCAAACUUGUACAACCGGGUGUGGCUGGUGGACUAGAGGACCUUCUGAGUUACGAAGGAGACGUUGAGGAGGAUUUCUGUAUGACAUUUCAGAUUUCUCUGACGGAGUUCGGUGAUGUAAGGACAGUUGAUCUCAAAACUGGUGGUGUUGAUAUCCCUGUAACCAAUAGCAACAGAGCAGAAUAUGUACAGCUGUAUAUAGACUGGGUGAUCAACAAGUCUAUUUAUUCUCAGUUUAAGGCUUUCUACCAUGGUUUUCAUAGCGUCUGUGCUUCAAAUGCUCUCAUUAUGUUGAGGCCACAGGAAGUGGAGAUGUUGGUAUGUGGAAAUCCUCAGAUAGACAUGAACCAGCUAAGAAAAGUAGCAACAUAUGACGGCUACAAUGUACAGGACCCAACAGUCAGGUAUUUCUGGGAUGCUGUCUUAUCUAUGACAUUUGACAUGCAGAAGAAACUGUUGUUGUUUACUACUGGGAGUGACAGGAUCCCUAUCGGAGGCAUGGCAGAAAUGACCUUCAAAAUUUCACGCAUCGAAGGAACUGAUCUCCUUCCAAUGUCCCAUACGUGUUUCAACCAGCUUGUUCUACCAGCUUACCGAAGUCGUAAGGUUCUCAAGACAAAGCUCGUAACAGCUAUCCACAAUGCAGAGGGAUUUGGAUUGGAAUGAUCACAGUUUACGUGAUGGGACAAUGAAUGAGUCAGGGAUGGAGUAUUUGAUAUUCCUUAAUUAAAACUCAACCUUCUGGUAUAACUAUAGUCAUGUACAAACAUUUAUGAUUCACCUAGUCUGUAUAAUAACACCAGUGUGCAUUAGACAAGAUUCACCACCUAUAGAAUGAGAGUUAUCACCUCCGUUAUAACUACUCACCCAGAUACACAGACAUAAUAUAUAAGUAAAGGAGAGCUUCAGUGGGAGAUGAUUGAGGGAGGAGAACUCCCAUGUUCUAAAGUGAGAGAUCUACACAGGCUGAUGGAAGGGGAGAACUCCCACGUUCUAAAGUGAGAGAUCUAAACAGGCUGAUGGAGGAGGUAGAACUCCCAUGUUCUAAAGUGAGAGAUCUUAACAGGCUGAUGGAGGGGAAGAACUCCCAUGUUCUAAAGUGAGAGAUCUAAACAGGCUGAUGGAGGAGGUAGAACUCCCAUGUUCUAAAGUGAGAGAUAUCUAAACAGGCUGAUGGAGGAGGAGAACUCCCAUAUUCUAAAGUGAGAGAUCUAAACAGGCUGAUGGAGGAGGAGAAUUCCCAUGUUCUAAAGUGAGAGAUCUAAACAGGCUGAUGGAGGAGGAGAACUCCCAUGUUCUAAAGUGAGAGAUCUAAACAGGCUGAUGGAGGAGGAGAACUCCCAUGUUCUAAAGUAAGAGAUCUAAACAGGCUGAUGGAGGAGGAGAACUCCCAUGUUCUAAAGUGAGAGAUCUUAACAAGCUGAUGGAGGAGAACUCCCAUGUUCUAAAGUGAGAUAUCUAAACAGGCUGAUGGAGGAGGAGAACUCCCAUGUUCUAAAGUGAGAGAUCUAAACAGGCUGAUGGAGGAGGAGAACUCCCACGUUCUAAAGUGAGAGAUCUUAACAGGCUGAUGGAAGGGGAGAACUCCCACGUUCUAAAGUGAGAGAUAUCUACACAGGUCAAUGGAGGAGGAGAACUCCCAUGUUCUAAAGUGAGAGAUCUAAACAGGCUGAUGGAGGAGGAGAACUCCCAAGUUCUAAAGUGAGAGAUCUAAACAGACUGAUGGAGGAGAACUCCCAUGUUCUAAAGUGAGAGAUCUAAACAGGCUGAUGGAGGAGAACUCCCAUGUUCUAAAGUGAGAGAUCUUAACAGGCUGAUGGAAGGGGAGAACUCCCAUGUUCUAAAGUGAGAGAUCUAAACAGGUCAAUGGAGGAGAAUUCCCAUGUUCUAAAGUGAGAGAUCUAAACAGGCUGAUGGAGGAGGAGAACUCCCAUGUUCUAAAGUGAGAGAUCUUAACAGGCUGAUGGAAGGGGAGAACUCCCAUGUUCUAAAGUGAGAGAUCUAAACAGGCUGAUGGAAGGGGAGAACUCCCAUGUUCUAAAGUGAGAGAUCUUAACAGGCUGAUGGAGGGGAAGAACUCCUGUGUUCUAAAGUGAGAGAUCUACACAGGCUGCUGGAGGAGAACUCUUAUGUUUUAAAGUGAGAGAUCUACUCAGGUCAAUGGAGGAGGAGAACUCCCAAGUUCUAAAGUUGGCGAUCGAGAGGAGGAGAAUUACAAAUUCUAAAGUUGGAGAUCUACCCAGGCUGAUGGAGGGGAAGAACUCCCAAGUUCUAAAGUUGGCGAUCGAGAGAAGGAGAAUUACAAAUUCUAAAGUUGGAGAUCUCCACAGGCUGAUGGAGGGGAAGAACUCCCAAGUUCUAAAGUUGGCGAUCGAGAGGAGGAGAAUUACAAAUUCUAAAGUUGGAGAUCUCCACAGGCUGAUGGAGGGGAAGAACUCCCAAGUUCUAAAGUCCAAGUAAAACAUACAAGGCAAAAGCACCAGGCUAUGUGAGCCUUUUAAGUUUGAUUAAUUGGGAUGACCAAGAGUGGUGAAUCUGUUCUGUUGUUUGUGGGUUUUACUUCUAUAUACGAGAUCAUGAAGAUAACCUCUGUUAUAUAGUAUUAUAUUUCAAAGAACAUGGCAUUUUUUUAAGACAACCAUGAAUAAUACAUGUAUAAAAAAUGGCAAAACUUGAUAUUCAAAAUGAUUGUAUUAGACAUCAAAUUCCUAUUUUUAUUUUUUUUUAUUUUCUUUCAAGUUUAUGGGAAAGGGGAGGGAAGCGGCCUUCAACAAAAUUUCUUUUAAUAGGAAAAAAGCGUUUUAAUGAAAAACAAGUGUAUAAUUAUUAAUACAUGUAUAGUAUCAAUCAUGUACAGUAUAUGAAUGUAUAAUUUAUCUGUUUUAGCUGCAGAUGAAUGACACUUUCUCCCAUACACUUUGUCUUUCCUUUAUUUUGAAAGUUAAAUGUAACUGGAAUGAAAAUCAACAUCGGUAUUACAUACAAUGUAUUUGGAGACAAUAGAGAAUAUUGUAGAUAGAGGAAAGAAUUUCAGAGCUUCCCAGGAAGUUUGAAAUCUGUUAGCUACUGAGUUUUACAGUAGACUUUUUAUUUCUAGAAUUGUUCCUACUUUGAUGUGUUCAGUAUAUUGUUAGGUAUAAGUAGAAUACUGUCAGUAGAGAUUACCAAUGUCUGUUUGUGUGAUAAUGCCACAAUAUUGGAAAUAUUUAGUUUGAAGUAAAACACAUUUUUUAAAGUUUAUUUGAUAUGUAUAUAUAAGCAUUAAAAUGCAUUCUGUUUUUUUUUUAUUAUUUGACCUCUUAAUUGUCUCAAUGUAUAGUGUGUAUAGUCAGCCUGGUACAGACAUUAUAUUGACGUCAAGUCUGUGGCAUUCAUAUCUAGAUAGUUCAAUGUUUCCAUUUUCUUAUUGUUUUCUGAGUUGAAGCUCACCUACCCUGAACAAUGAUACAAUGUGAGGGGAGUUCAAUCUUGUCUCAUAUAUGGGUUCAGAUGCCAUAAUGGUCACAUAAGCAAUGGCAUUUACUGUCUGAUAAAUUUCACUUGAGUUUGGGUUUAUAUAAGGAAAUUAAUACUGAUGAAUUAUUUCAAAUAAGAUAAUAUAUAUAGAGGAAUUCAUAUAAGUGUAAUAUUGAAUUUAACAAACAAGUUUUUAUGAGUAAAUUCAGUAUAAUUGCAUGAACAUGAAUGUUAGAGUUGAUUUAUUGUAUAAUUCUAGAGACUUGCUCUAUAUAGGAAAAUUGGUGGAAGGUCAUGCAGUUGACUGUUGAGAUAUAAGCAUGACGUCCGGUACUAUUAGUAACUAAGGGUACUGUACUGUACUGAACUCUACAAAAACUAUAUUAUACAGUAAAACAUUUCUGAUGUAUAAAGUACAAUUCUGUCUGAUGUCUGUCCUUUCAGUUGUGUUUCCUAACUAAAAUAAAAACUGUUACGACAUAUCAUUUACAGUAUUGAAACAUGUCUGAUGUGCCUUUAACUAGUUAAGAACUUAAUGAAUAGCAAUAAAAGUUUGUUGUACUAAAAUUCUGCAGGCAGAUAUUUUUUUCAGGAAAUAUAAGAGAAAUUGUUAUAAUUGUUUCAUAUAUUGUGCAAUAAAUCGCGGGGCAGUUAGGAGAUGUAUUGUACUGGUUUGUACCAGGUAGAUCAUUAAUGUAUACUGUAGUGGUUUGUGUGUACGUGCCAUUAGCUUACAUAUACUUAUAGAUUAUGUACAUUCUGUAUAUAAAAUGUACAAUGUAUAUUGACUUUUCACCAGGUGUCAUAGGUAGUGAGUAUUUUAACAGAUUAGCAAGCUGAUGUUCAUAUGUUUGCUGUUUUACUACAGUACAUGUAUGUAUAUAAGUAAUAAGCAUGGUGAUCCUCUCACUGGAAAAAAAAUGAAAGUUUUUUCCAAUGUUAUUGCAUGUAUCCAUCUCCUGCAGAAACACUCAUAUUUCAAUGUUGUAUAAAUUAAAUACUGUCGUGUUUGGAAUAUAAUGUCUCUAACAUAUGAUUGUAUAAAUUAAAUACUGUCAUGUUUGGAAUAUAACCUUUCCACAUAUGAUUGUAUAAAUUAAGUACUGUCGUGUUUGGAUUAUAAUAUCUCUAACAUAUGAUUGUUUAACAGGUUUCCUGAUACAAGUUUCAAUGAAAAAUUGAAAGGAUUACGAUUUAGUAAAAAAAUAGUCAAGUGUCAACAUUUCUGUUACAGCUUGUGCACCUGAGAUUUUUUGUGAUUGUGUUUUGAAUUAGGGGAGCGCUUUUUAUGUGGAAGAGAAAGUGAACUAUAAUACCUAAUAUACAGGUCAUGUAAGUCAUACAAAUUUUGUUUACAGUAUUCUGUUGUUUACAACUAUAAUAAUCAUGAUCCGUCCAGUUUGAGAGGCUGAUAUUCUCAGGAGAUAUUUUAUUAUUUUCAUUUAUUUAAUCAAUUUGAGGAAGUGAUAUUUAUUUUGAAGGUGUCAGCUAUUACACACCUGAUUGUUCCAGAGUUUGAUGAUUAAUGUUAUUUAGAAUCACCCUCUGUAAAGUCUAUAUCUGUUGUCUGAUGGUACUCUCGGUACAGACCUAAACAACAGGUGAAGAUUUAUGUAAGGAGUUGUAGGGAUAAAGGGUAAAAUGUAUAACUGUGAUAACAUUGAUAUGAUCUAUUUUUACAUUGGAGAUUUGUUGAUAGAUUUGUCAGAGUUUAUUAUAUAUAGCUGAGGACGUUUUUUAAACACACUGUUGUUAAAUUGCUAAAUGAAACUUUUUUUACACAGUAAUAAGUUCUUUAUUUGUUGAUUUUAUAAAAUUAUUUUUCUUAAAUGUUCAGAAUAGAUGAAAGAAUUAGUUAAACUGUCUUGAAGUACCUGCAACUUUUUAAGUAUUGUGUGAUACACUGUACAUGUGUUGUUACUAGGAAGGUCCAGCUGAGAUGGAGUAUAGACAUGUAUUUAAUAGUGUCAUAAGUGUUUAAUUGGUUAAUACAUAAUAAUUAAAUGUUCACUGUUAUUCAUCAAUAUAUGAUUCAUGUGUUGAUAUUUAUAUUAUUUUUGAGAUAAAACACAUUUUUCAUUCAGUUUGUGUUCUAAGUUAACCAAAUGGUACAUUUCACUUGAAUACAUUUUAUAUACUACCGAACUUUAGUACGUAGUUGGUGUAAAUAUGUACAAAAUUUGACCUUGUACAGAGGUCACACAGGAUUGGUCACUGGAGUACCACGGUCUUUAUAAUCCAUCGCAGGCCUAGUGUGGACAGAGGUCACACAGGACUGGUCACUGGAGUACCACGGUCUUUAUAAUCCAUCGCAGGUCUAGUGUGGACAGAGGUCACACAGGACUGGUCACUGGAGUACCACGGUCUUUAUAAUCCAUCAAAGUUCUAGUGUGGACAGAGGUCACACAGGACUGGUCACUGGAGUACCACAGUCUUUAUAAUCCAUCGAAGUUCUAGUGUGGACAGAGGUCACACAGGACUGGUCACUGGAGUACCACGGUCUUUAUAAUCCAUCGAAGGUCUAGUGUGGACAGAGGUCACACAGGAUUGGUCACUGGAGUACCACGGUCUUUAUAAUCCAUCGAAGGCCUCGUGUGGACAGAGGUCACACAUGACUUAAGUCACUGGAGUACCACGGUCUUUAUAAUCCAUCGAAGGCCUCGUGUGGACAGAGGUCACACAGGAUUGGUCACUGGAGUACCACGGUCUUUAUAAUCCAUCGAAGGUCUAGUGUGUACAGAGGUCACACAGGAUUGGUCACUGGAGUACCACGGUCUUUAUAAUCCAUCGAAGGUCUAGUGUGGACAGAGGUCACACAGGACUAGUCACUGGAGUACCACGGUCUUUAUAAUCCUUCGCAGGUCUAUGUUUGUAUGUAUAUAUAGUACGUGAUGUUAAUGUGGAGUUCAGACACCGAUUAAUGAGAACCAAAAUAAAAAGUGUGGAGUUAACCGGUAACCUGACUUUGCUGACAUCUGACAUCUCAGGCCCUCAAGGUUUCAUAUCAAUAUUCCUUAAGGAAAUUCUUUAACUUAUUUUUUUCUGUAGGAAUUUAAGCAUUACAGAAUUGAAGAAUGCUUUCCUUUGGGAAAAAUUUAAGGAAUUUCGGCUUCACUUUAUCCAGUAAAGACAUGUUGUCGAUAAAGACAUGUUGUCGAUAAAAGACAUGUUGUCGAUAAAGACAGGUUUGAAGUAUUUUACCUGUUGUUCUAUUGUUACAGAACCAUAUAAUGUUUGAUAAUUUCAGAGUUCAUUAGGAAUCACUAUAAUCUAUUGUUUUGUUUAUUGCUAUCUUUAAACUUGUAAGUUCAUUUAUAAUUUUAUUAAUAUAAGUACAAGUAUAAAUGUACAAAGUUUGAAGUUAUAUUCAAAUCUUUAUUGAUGAAAGAAUGUAGUACAGAUAUCUGGUAGGUGAUAUCUGAAGGAAUUGUAACAACAGUCAUGUGUUCUACCAGUUGUUUAUACUUCAUGUUUAUACUUUUUGUCACUGUGUCUGUUGUGGAUCAUUAUAUACCAUCAAUAUCUCUUGUUGAUAACACAAUUUUUGUUUUGAUAUUUAUAUUUGGGAAUAUUUCCAACCAAUUAAUAUCAGAUUAAUAUCAGAAAAUGUGUUACUUCUAAAGUAUACCUAAAUCUGGUUUUUGUUAAUUGGCCCUAGCUGUCAUACUUUCCAAAAAAAUUAUUGCAUUUCCAAAUAUCUGAAUUCGAUCAAACUUGACAAAAAAGCAACAUCAUGUAAACUUUUCUAAUAAUAGUCCAUUCAUGAUUUACUAUUUUAAUUGGUUAUAGUUGUGUUAAAAAGCAUAUUUGAUCUGGAUGUUUAUAAAAUUCAUACAACAACAGAAUCCAGCUUUCAAUAUCAGUACAAGAUCUGUGCAAUCCAACUAAAAUUAAAUGUUUAUUAUCAAAUGAACUUUAAAUUUUAGUUUGAUGACAGCUCUGAAACAAAAGUAUUUGACAAAAAAAUAAUGGCUGACUAACAAUCGAACCACAAAAGAAAUUUUUGAUGACGAAUUCCACAUGAACAGAGGAAAUGUUUUCUUAUAACCGUAAUUGUUACUCAGUUUAGAAAUAUAAAAGGCUGAGCCAAAUUGAGUACUUCAAAUUACUUCAAAACAAGCAGAAAUUUGGAUCAAGCCUGUUGGUCUUUUAUUUUUUCACUGUAUACAGUACCACGUUCGAAAGAGCACAAAAUAAGUAAAAUUAUGAAUGAUAAAAGCUACAAUCAUGAAUCAUACUAGUCUUUCUUCAUAUGAAAUGAGAAAUAUUAAAGUAUUUGUUUAAAAAGAUCACUAUAUUUAUUUUGUAUUUAAACUCCCAAAAGAUCAUUUGUAUAAUUCUGUUCUCUAAUGAUAAUCAAUUUGACCCACUGUGACUCAUGUUACCAGGAAUCAUAGUACUAAUGCUGUCCUCAUAUUUUAACCAUGAAUAUAGAAUAACAAUCCUAUUGUAUAUAUAUGUAAUGUAUAGUCAAUAUUUCUGUUAUUUUUAAUGAUCUGACUUUUCCUGAGCAGGAUGUAUGUCGCUGUAUAGAAUCUCAGCUAGUACUAGUGUCACAAAUGUACAUUUGUAGCCAUUGUUUUCUACACAAAAUAUUAUAUCUACACUGAAAUACAUUUCCUACCGUUGUUUUGUAACCAAAAAAUCACAUUAAGUACAGAUAUUCUAGUUUCACACACCAUAAUGAUAUUGACAACUUUCAGCCUAUCAUCUGCUUUAAUUUGUUUUUUACAUUUUAUCAGCACUAUUUUAACUCCCAUUUGACAUGUACAUAGACACCUUUAUUACUAGUUCAAUAUUGUUAUGCCCAAAAUGACCAUAGUUGUUGACAGGCCGUUAAACGUAAUCAGUCAAUCAAUAUCACAUAUUACUACCAAUCAACUGCAUAUGUAAAACAUUAAGUUCAUGUAUCUUAAUUAACAUAUUUUACUAGAGGUAAGCCUAAAAUAUUAACCUAAUUAGAAUUGAAAUCUGUCUCCAGUUCUCUCAGAUGAGCUCGGUACAUAGUAACUACUUUUGAUUAACAAUCAAAGUCAGUUCAUGAAAAAAAACGAAGGGAUCACUUUUGUGUUGUUUCAUUAUUUAUAUAAUAGCUCCCAUUUUUGUAAGAACUUGUGUUCCAGGUUGUUUCCUGUUUAGUAUCCUGAUUCUUUUUAAUGCAAGAUCUUUAAGUUGAAAACAGACUUUUGAGCUGUAGCGUACAUUAUUGAACCAUUGUUACAGUUAUCUUACUCAGUUGUAAGUAAAAAUUGUGUUUAUGUCAUAAACAUUUCUCAAAUAUGUUGUUUUAAAUCCAGUUUGUUUCUUAACCUCAAUGGAUGCCUAACUAGUCACAUAACUGGGUAAAACUGCAUGUUAAUUUUCACUGUUAAACUUGUUGAUAUAAAUUAUGUGUGUGCCCUGGUGUCCAUUUAA